GUACGUGUGUGAUUAUUACCUGCUCCAGUGAGAGCUUCACGCAUUCUGGAAACGGAACAAAAGUAAAACAAUAUAUCAAGCCGUGGACAUGAUAAAGUCUCCGAGUGUGUCGUCUGAGAACUCCUUCGACGAUGUGGACUCGGUCUGCUCCGACGAGCUGCUCGGCUCUCAGUCCCGCCGCUGGCUGGCGGACCUGCUCAGCGGAGACAUGCCUCCAGAGAGCGGGGAGGUGAGCGCGGUGGGGCGGGACGGGCUCUUCGUGGACUAUCACUUCCCGCUGGGUGAGCUGGAGAUGCAGCCCGGAGUCAGGUGGAAGCGACCAAAGGAGAUCUGUCCAUCACCUCAGUUCAUCAUUAAUGGAGCUACACACCUGGACAUUCGCCAGGGGAAACUCAAUGACUGCUGGUUUCUCUCUGCCAUCGCGUCGCUUGCUGUGCACCGAUCUCUGCUCAUCAAGGUUGUGCCUCUGGAACAAAGCUUCAAGGAAGGAUACAAUGGUAGCUUCACCUUCAAGUUCUGGCAGUAUGGUCAGUGGGAGGAGGUCAGGAUCGACGACUUGUUGCCGACUCAAAACAACAAACUGAUCUACCUCAGCUCCCCAGACCGCUAUGAGUUCUGGAGUUCACUGCUGGAGAAGGCCUAUGCCAAGCUGAAGGGCGGCUACAGAGCUCUGGACAUGGGCUUCCCUCAUGAGGCCAUGGUGGAUAUGACAGGUGGGGUAACUGAGGUUUUGAACAUUUCCUUGUUGCCUCAAGACCUCCCUACCAUCCUCCAACACCUGCUUUCUAAAGGAGCGCUCAUCAACUGUGCCAACUGCCAGGGUGCUCUGGAAACAAGGAAUGAACUCGGGAUCAUGUUCAGACAUGCUUACUCUCUGACUGCAGUAGAGAAGGUGAAGUCGGCACAUGGCACAGAGGAUUUAGUGCGAAUCCUCAACCCCUGGGGAAACACUGAGUGGGAGGGGCCCUGGAGUGAUGUUAAUGGUCCAGAGUGGAACAGAGUGAGCCCUGAGGAGCAGAAAAGACUGCAGAGAAUCAGACGGGAGGAUGGCGAGUUCUGGAUGUCAAUAUCGGACUUUCGACAGCAGUUUGAGGUGAUGGAGGUGUGUCACUUGUGUGAAAACUUCAAAGAUUCAAGCUUCAGUGUGCAGCCAUGGUCCUGCAUCAUGCUUCAUGGGAACUGGGUGCCACGCAUCACAGCAGGAGGUUCUCCCCGAGGGGGUUGGUUCUGGCAGAAUCCUCAGUUCUUCUUCGAUCUGUCAGAGGUGGACAGUAACAGCGCCGGCUCCCAGACCACCUGCUCUUUUGUUUUGGCCCUGAUGCAGAAACAUCAGAGACGUAGACAUGCAGACCUUGCCAUAUCCCUGCAUAUAUUCCUGGCACAAUCGUCAAAGACAUACCUGUCUUCUGAGGACCUGAAGAUUCGCCCUGUCCUCUCCUGCCCUCAUUACUCCACACGCAGGGAAGUUGUUCUCCGUGGCUCCCUUCCUCCAGGUCGCUACAUCAUCAUUCCUUCCACCGCUGAACCAAAUCAGCAGGGCUCCUUCCUUCUGCGGGUGCUAACUGAACAGGGCAACACAGCCAUUGCAGCUCAACAGCCGACGCAAGACAUCUCCGUAGCAGAGCAUUCAUAUCCUCACCAGGCGGCUCUCCCUCCCCCUACAUCUAUGAGACAGCUUUUCUUAAAGCACUCCAACAAGAAGGAGGUAUGUAAACCAGUGCAUCUCUACUCCCUCCUGACUGAAGCCAUACAGGGAGGAGUGUUGGCCGGCAGUGAGAAGAACCUGGCUCUGGAGCACUGCAAGAGCCUGGUGGUCCUCAUGGAUUUUAUCCAGAGCCAGGGCAUCGCUCGGCUGAGCUGGAAUGAGUUCCAGGGUCUGUGGGAUAAGAUCAAGAGGUGGACGGAUAUUUUCUUGGCUUUUGACAAGAACAAAACGAAGCACCUUGAGUAUCAAGAGGUGGCUCCUGCUCUGAAGGCAGCAGGGAUCAUUGUGGAUGAGUUGGUGAUGCAGCUGGUCGGACUGAGAUACACAGAGCCUGACAUGACCAUCAGUUACCCCGGCUUUCUGUACCUGGUGAUGAAAAUGGAGACCAUGAUGCACAAAUUUCAAGCGUUCGACAUGGCAGGAAUGGGAAUGAUAACCAUCAGCUACAGACAGUGGCUCCACAUGACCAUGUACAACUGAGCUCACCUGGUGCACUGACACGGAUUCACCGGGAUUUGAUUUGUUAAGUCUCUUGUUUUUAUUUUUGCAAGCAUGAUGCCAAAGAUUUAGAUUUUUUUUUAUUAUUUCAUACUGUACAUAUGUGAAGUAGAGAAACACAUGUCAAACAAAGGACUGGGUUUGCGUAAAUAUUUCUUGUGCCAUUAAUUUCUCCUCUUAUAUGGUGUCAUCAUGAAGUCACACAGUAAUAACAGAAAACAUCUGUUAUUUAAAAAUAUAUUGUCAUGAGUGAGGAAGGUUUAUGAUGAUUCACUGUGUUGCGAAACUUUCAGCCGAUGUCUGACAGCUCUGAGCUCAACUCUUAUCCAUGGUCCAAUAACGAUUUUAUUUUUUACUACAGGUUAAAUGAAAUUAAAUGUAUUAUAUAUGUAG